CCAGCUCGUGGAAGUAAUUGUGUGUGAGUGAAAGAGGUGCAAACGCGUGGCACGGGGAUCCAUGUCCCGUUGCUGACGACGACUGCGGAGGACGAGGAGUUUCCAAAGCUUUGAGAACAUGGCGACUCUGCCUCUGGUCGCCACAGACAGAGGUUCACAAGCCUCGUGUCCCGCAUUUGCAUCUUCCGUAGUUCGAUCUAAGAUUCUCGACCGAGGGAAUGGCGGAAUUUCGAUGCCUCCUCGCAGAGCCCCCGGCGGCUCACGCUUGGAUUCCCAGGCGACAGACGCUGCCUGUGACAGAUUUCCAGCAGAGAGCGAGAAGGGUGACCGUGCGCUGUGGCAGCAAUCCCUCUCUCUCGAAGAAGGGCUCGACAGAGUAUCGGGAUUCAUGGCUGGACCUUGCAUUCAUCGAUGGUUGUCGCAAGGCGUUUGGUCGUGUCGCCGGGUGGCAGUCUUCGAGAUCCUGGGAAGAAGGCUAUUUGGGCAUGGUCGAGGUUUCCCAUGCUCUAAUGCGAGGAAGGACGGCUGCUGAACAACAAGCCGCAGUUUUGCAGGGCUUCCCACGAGUUCCUGACUGGUUUCGCAAGGUUUUCCCUUAUUCGGAUUGGGGAGCAGAGCUGAAUGCACGCAUUACCCCUUUAUUCUUCGAAUGGCUAGUGGGUCCCUGUCAGGUGGCAGAAGUGCAAAUCGGGGAUAAACUUUUGCGCAGUGAGGUGCAAAUAGAAAAGUGUCGCUAUCUGGAGACGAGUGGAUGCACGGGCAUGUGUGUCAAUCUCUGCAAAGUACCAACACAAUACUUCUUCACGUCGGAACUGGGGAUGCCGCUGUAUAUGGAGCCAAACUUUGAGGAUUUGAGUUGUCGAAUGGUGUUUGGCCAAAGCCCCCCUCCGCUCUCUGAGGAUCCUGCGCUGCAACACGGUUGUUUCUCCACAUGUCCUUCAAGUGCAGAAACAAGCCCCUGUCCAAAAUUAAGAUGACCAACAUGCGGCUGACAGUCACUGGAGAAAUGUCCCGACCAGUUUUGGUCACUUUCCACAUCUUCAACUGAAAAGAUACAGAAAGUUUUUCCUGCAAGUUGCAGCCUGUAAAAUAGGAAAUUCAAUCAUCGAACGAUGUCGCGUUGAAGUUCGGUAGAUUCCUGUAAAUAGCACAAGUACUUAUCCACUCCUCUUCGUGCCUCAGUGCUUCCUAAUGUUUGCCAGCAGACCGUGCCGUACUCGACGUGAAUUUUGCAAGCUGCAAACAUCUCAAAAGCCCGAAUUUAAGUGCCUACUUUUAAUAACUGUAUAAUCGGAACUGCCAUAAAUGCCGAGUUUCUGGAAGAUCUGCCUGAGCAGAUUCGAUUCAGUCUGUAUUCUCGAGCUUCUAAAGCUACGUGCAAAUAUCGC